UUCAAGUCCUGAAUAUAAAUUAUUCAUUUUGUAAGGAUUCUUAUUCUAAAAUUGAAGUCUUGUCUUUUUUUUUUUCCUGACUGUGCUGGGGCUACACGUACCAGGUAGCCCCAUUAGAGAGAGAAUACUGCUCUCUAAGAAUGCAAGGGAGAGCUUUUCAGGAAUCAUUACACAGAAUUCUGUUUGUAAGUAGGGAGAAAGUGCCAUUAUUGGGGCUUGCUUCUUGGGGCCUCCGAAAUUUAAAAAGAAUUUCGUUCCUAAGACUGCCCAGACAGAUGCAGCAGAGGUAAGACAUGCUGACAUGUUGUACUAGCUAAUGCUUUAUUUCACUAUUUUAGUCAAUAAUCUGACUUUCACAUUGGUUAAAAGUCACCACUUUGACAUUUAAGAGAUAGCUUCUUUUUAAUGGACUGGGUUACAUCACCAUCUUUCUACUUGGGAAGUUGUUUUUCAUCAGUACACACAGUCACACUUUCCUGCGACACGAAAAAGGCUCAGCAGCAUCCUCCUGUGAGAUUUUCAUAUUGGAGUAACUCAUAGUUGGCCCUUCUCCUGUUGUCAAGCUCCUGCUGUGGGUCUGGUCGGGACAGGCUCAAAGGCAGUGGAACCUCUUUUCUCUAGUUGCUGGGAAGGGUGCAGCACUGCGGGAGGCGAAGCCUGCGCCCUGUUUUUCCCGGCUUGGAUGUGGCCCUCGUGACUUAACCUUUUUCAUCUCUGGGUAAGAGAAACAUUUUGAUUUGGCAUACAUACUAAAAAUAGAAAACUAAUAAUUCCAGGACUCUGCCUGUUAAACAUGUCAAAUGUUGAUGAGAAUGUAUUUUUGUAAUACUAACUCCAGGACUCACUUGCUGCACAAGGCAGCCUUUUCCGGCUCAUCCAGCUUAGACUCAGCGCAGGCCGAAAGGCCAGGAAGACUGACGCAAGGAUGCGCAAGCGCACUGGCGGGCUGGGCUGGGGGCGGGGCCUGCGCAGCCGCAUUAGCGGGCUGGGGGCGGGGCCUGUUCCACCUUAGAAAAGAGCUUGGGACGCCUCUAACGGUCAACAGCCGUCUUAGCCUCUCGACAUCGUUGCUUUAGCGUUUCUCCAUUUUCUAACUCCAUCUGUUGAGUGAGUGACCAUGAGCUGGGCUGUGGCGGUUCUACGGGCCAGCUGGAGAGUGAGCUGGGUGGGAGCGAAUUUCCCAUGCCCAGGGCUAGCCCCGAGGCACCGCUCCCUACUCAGGGGCCCGUGGCUCCCCGCCACUGGGGCCGGGAUGGCGACUGUGAAGAGCGAACUGCUUCAGAAUUUCACUUCAGAGAAGCCCGUUCUCCACAACAAGGUCUCCAUUAUAGGAAUUGGGUCGGUGGGUGUGGCCUGUGCUGUCGGCAUAUUACUAAAAGGCUUGACUAAUGAACUUGCCCUUGUAGAUAUGAAUGAAGACAAACUGAAGGGUGAGACAAUGGAUCUUCAGCAUGGCAGCUGUUUCAUGAAAAUGCCAAAUAUUACUUGCAGCAAAAAUUACCUUAUCACGGCCAAUUCCAACGUAGUGAUUAUCACCGCAGGUGCACGCCAAGAAAAGGGAGAAACGCGCCUUAAUUUAGUCCAGAGAAAUGUGAGCAUCUUCAAAUUAAUGAUUUCCAGUAUUACACAGUACAGCCCUCUCUGCAAACUGAUUAUUGUUUCCAACCCAGUGGAUAUCUUAACUUAUGUAGCCUGGAAGUUGAGUUCUUUUCCAAAAAACCGUGUUAUAGGAAGUGGCUGUAGUCUGGAUACUGCUCGUUUUCGUUUUCUCAUUGGGCAGAAGCUUGGCAUCCACUCUGAAAGCUGUCAUGGAUGGGUCCUGGGAGAGCAUGGGGACUCAAGUGUUCCUGUGUGGAGUAGAGUGAACAUCGCUGGUGUCCCUUUAAAGGAUCUGAACUCUGAUAUAGGAACUGAUAAAGAUCCUGAGCAAUGGGAAAAUAUCCACAAAGAAGUGAUUGCCAGUGCCUAUGAGAUUAUUAAAAUGAAAGGUUACACCAAUUGGGGGAUUGGCCUAUCCGUAGCUGAUUUAACAGAAAGUAUUUUGAAGAAUCUUAGGAGAACACAUCCAGUUUCCACCAUAAUUAAGGGCCUGUAUGGAAUAGAUGAAGAAGUAUUCCUCAGUGUUCCUUGUAUCCUGGGAGCAAAUGGUAUUAUGGACCUUAUAAAGAUUAAGCUGACGCCUGAAGAGGAGGCCCGUCUAAAGAAGAGCGCUAAAAUGCUUUGGGAAAUUCAGAAGGACCUUAAGCUUUAAACUAUCAUUCUGAAAUUACUGAGGAAAUAGUACAUAUGGGAUUAUAUAUGUCAAACUUUUGAAUGAACUUGAAUCCCUAAAAGAUAUAAACAGGAAAGUAGGUAGAAUGACUUCCCUAUUUAGCAUUCAGAUGCUUGAUGAUGCUUAUCUUUUUACAAUUCCAAAGUGAUGUGUGAAGAAGCUGUUUUGGGUGCCCAUGAUGUGCUGUACUUGCCUUGUAUGUAUAUGCAAUUGCCUUUGGUCCAAAGGAAAAAAGUAGGUUGUAAUUUCCACAAAUUCUGAUUCUUUUCAUUAGAUAUAUGUUAAUUCUUUCACUGUGGCCGGCUUGUGCCUAUGUUUAUUUAUACUCUUUAAAAAAGAAUACUGUAACCUUCUCUACAACUUAAAAAUAAAAGUAUGUAUACACAGAAGUGCUUUUUUAAUGGAUCCGUCUCGAAGCUGCCUUCGUUCCCUUCGGACAGCCUAUCAGCUAAGCCAUUAAAAAGACAUUAUGAAAUGGGAACUGCAGCUGCAUGUAGGUCAUGUAUGUAUGCAGUGAAACAGGAUCAUUAGGUUAAGAUAGGAAAGUAGUGAUCAGACUGUAGCCGUUAUGAAAUGUUCAAAGCAGUAAAGUAGAAAGCUUUUAGAAAAAGGCCUAACAGAGGUUCUAUAGUUACUGUCAUUUAUUUGGCAUGGAAAAGAAACAUCCCUAAAUUUUGCAGUUUCUAAAAAUAAAGCCUGACUGAGUGAGGAUCAUUUUAGAACUGCCUCUGAGAACCUAGUACAUUAAAUCAAGACAUGUUAUAAAUUUGUUCUUCCUGGGCUACGUUUUAGAAGAGUGGAUUCUUGGCUCUACGGCCCUAAGGUCAUUUCUGUCUCUCAGUUUAUUUCAUGAUAACAAAACUUUAGCUUUUGAAUUGUGCCUUGCUGUUAAUCAUUGUCAUGAAAAUUGGCCAUUUUUAAUGAGUACUUUAGAAAUUGUAUUUCUCAAAGUUACACAUUUGUUUUUUAUUCCUAAGUCAAUUUACUUCCGAGCAGAUCCUAGACUUUAUUCAUGUGAUGCAGUGAGGGUUUAGGAUAAAGAUGCUUGUCUGACCAUUACUUAAAUGAUAGUACUAGUAACUUAAAAAAUGUGAAGCUGAGAUAUAAAAAUUCACGUUAGCCUUGUGCGAUUGAAUAUUUAAAUGAAUAAUAUGGUAUAUUCAAACACAUUUUAUCUCAGGAGCCGUUUGGCUAGCAACAGGCCUAAUCAAAAGUGAAAGCAAUCAGCAUCUGUUCUCUAAACCAUGCCAAUCUUCCUUAGUUGAAUUUUAUCAAAUAAACAUAGAACAGUGAUCCUCACCUAAUGACCUUUUACCCUACUGACCAGAGCUCACAUACUGUUUUAU